AUGAGCGCUCCCCGGGCGGCUCUGUGCCCCGCACAGAUCCUGCGCUGCCUGCGCUCCUACCUGCGGGCGCAGCUGGCCGAGCCGGGCUGGGCGGCCGGGCUGCUGGGCGAAUGCGGCCGGGCGGUGGGAGCGCUGGAGGCGCUGAGCGCCGAGCACCGGGACCUGGCGCGGGGUGUGGGCGGCAGCGCCGACUCGGCCGCCCUCCGCCAGCGGCUGCGGCGCACCGCGGCACGGACACCACACCAGUGUAAGGAUCAGCCGAUAACCACACUUUCUGUUCCUCCCCCGGCAGCGACUGGAAUCUGGCUGCUGCUGCUGCUGAGCAGGAGGCAGAGCUUGGAGCCUCAGGAGCAGGAGCAGCUGGAGUGCUGGUGGCUGCGCUUUGCCUUCUGCAUGGAGCUCUUCCGGCGGGAUCUCAGCCUGGUGCGCCGUCUCAGCCUGCUGUUCCCGCUCGACCUUCCCCGUACCUCCCUGACCAACACGGGGGUGACCUGUGACCCCACGGAGGCCAGCACCGAGCGGAGCGCGGGGCCGGAGGGCGGCGAGGAGACCGAGUCCGCAGAGCCGAGCCUGGAGGAGCAGAUAGCCGAGAUCGGGAUCAUGCUGCGUGAAGUGGAGACCAAGGUCCAGGCCCCCGACUGGAGUGCACAGGCCACGGCUGAAGCUUGGGCAGAAGCAAGUUUUGGGGAUGCAGGCAGCACAGACUCACCAGACUUGCUGACUGAAGAGGAGGCGCGGCAGGGCAGUGGCCGCAAUGCAGGGGAUUGCUGCACCAUUGUGUAG